AACAUUGAGACAGUUAUGAAUUCCAUUGAGUUACCCUUACUUGAUCGAACAGCUAAAAUUUCAGUUAUUUCAACUACAUUAAAUGAUCUUUCAAAUUGGUCAAGACUCUCCAGUUUAUGGCCACUUCUCUAUGGUACCAGUUGUUGUUUCAUUGAAUUUGCUUCAUUAAUAGGCUCACGAUUCGACUUUGAUCGUUAUGGAUUAGUACCAAGAGCUAGUCCUAGACAAGCAGAUCUAAUUUUAACAGACGGUACAGUAACCAUGAAAAUGGCUCCUUCUUUGGUGAGAUUAUAUGAACAAAUGCCUGAACCAAAAUAUGUUAUUGUUGUGGGGGCAUGUACAAUUACGGGGGGGAUGUUCAGUACCGAUUCUUAUAGUACUGUUCGGGGAGUCGAUAAGCUAAUUCCGGUAGAUGUCUAUUUGCCGGGCUGUCCACCUAAACCGGAGGCGAUUAUAGAUGCUAUAACAAAACUUCGUAAAAAACUAUCUCGAGAAAUUUAUCAAGCUCGAAUUAGGUCUCAACCGGGGAAUCGGUGUUUUACUACCAAUCACAAGUUUAAUAUUGAACGCGGUACUCAUACUGGAAAUUAUAAUCAAGGAUUAUUCUAUCAACCGCCGUCUACUUCAAAGAUCCCCCCUGAAACAUUUUUCAAAUAUAAAAAAAGGUCAGUAUCGUCCCAAGAAUUAGUAAGUUAGAGGAAGAGCUCUUUUGUACAGAAUAAUAAAAAAAAGGCAAACCAAUCUUCAUAAAUUUCAUCGUG